AUGAACCAGCCCAGGAAGUUGCUGACCCCCAAGACAAAACCAAGUCAUUGGUGGAGCACUCAGUAUUUCAAGUCAGCCAGUCCUUGGCAGGGGUCUUCAGUUAAUGAUGGCAUACCUCUUGAACACUCCCGGGUGUGCUAUGCAACCAUAGGGGACGCCAUCAACCACAUUAAAACUGUGGGAACAGAUGCUUAUUUAGCUAAGACGGAUAUAAAAAGUGCUUUCCGUAUUUUAACCAUAAACCCCAUUGACUAUGGCCUGUUGGGAAUGAAAUGGGAGGAUAAGUAUUACUAUGACCAUUGCAUGCCCAUGGGUUGUUCCAGCUCUUGCAAAACGUUUGAGACAUUCAUUUCUACCUUAAAGUGGAUUGCCAGGACAAAGUUUAAGAUACAACAUGUGUUGCAUUUAUUAGAUGAUUUUUUAUUCAUUGCUCCAUCAGAGUGCCUUUGUCAACAAAAAUUAAACAUUUUUCUGGAAUUCUGUUCAUAUUUGGGAGUUCCCAUAGCGCUAGAAAAGACUUGUGGCCCAGCAACAACCCUUUCUUUUGUUGGUAUUGAAUUGGAUACUGUUUUGAUGGAGGCAAAGCUGCCAAGGGAUAAACUUGAUAAAUGUGUUACCACUAUCUUAGAAUUUCAGCACCGCAAAAAGGUCGCUCUUCGCGAGCUGCAAUCACUUAUUGGGCUUUUAAACUUUGCAUGUUCAGUUGUACAGCCAGGUCGAGCCUUUUUGCGUCGCCUUAUUGAUUUCACCAUUGGCAUCAAAUCGCCUUCUCACAAAAUACGACCCAAUCAAGAGGUUAAAAUAGACCUUAAUCUUUGGCUCAACUUCUUGGAAGAUUUCAAUGGCAAAUCUUUCUUUUUAGAUGAUAAUUGGCUUUCCUAUAGCAAACUUAAUUUGAACACAGAUGCUUCGGGAGCUCAUGGUUUUGGUGCAGUAUUCGGUAGUCACUGGUGUUAUGGGAAGUGGCCCAGUGAUUGGGCCUAUCGUAAUACUGCCAUCUUGGAAUUCUAUCCAAUCGUUGUAAGUCUUUACCUGUGGGGCCAUGCUAUGUGUAAUAAGCAUAUGCUGUUUUUCACUAAUAACAAUGCUCUGGUUUAUGUUAUCAACAGACAGUCUUGCAAGGAAAGGGACUUAAUGUUCUUUGUUCGAAAGCUUGUCCUGGCAUGCUUACGCCACAACAUUGUUUUCAAGGCUAAACAUACCACGGGCGUCAGUAAUAUCUUAGCAGAUACUUUGUCCCGAUUACAGGUACAGGCUUUCAAGCAAAUAGCACCUCAAAUGGACAGUUCUCCGACACCAGUCCCACUCUGUCUGCAGCCUCAGAACUUCAACCUGCAAUCUUAG